CGCCUCCUGGCAUACAGUAAGUGGCGUACGAUAUACUCCUAAAGAUUUCGGGAAUAAUUUUGACAUUAAUAAAAGUGCAACUGUAUAAGUUUUUGUCAGUUUUCCAUGUCAUCGUACCGUACUGUUGCGUGCAAGAUUUUAACAUUUCAAUGAGGAUAUUUUUCCGUCCGCUGCUGCGUGUCAUCAGCCAUUCGUGCACACGAUGCGGCGGCAGUCUCCUUCCCUGUUCUUCCACUUCUGUAUUACGGCAAUCCGCGGCGCACCUCGAUCAUUACCCUCCAUUUUUAGGAGGUGUACGGCACAAAUCAACGCAGGAACUUAGCGCUUUGUUUGUCCCGGUGCCUGUCGAGCCAGCGGCGCGUGUGGAUGGCGCUGCGGAUGUUGGCGAGGAAAUCACGGGCAAGCUGGACCGCGAGGAGCUCCUCAAGGCGCUCAAUCUCUUCUACCGUCGCUCGGAGAUUAAGAAGCUCGCCGAAGAACAUGGGCUCGAUACGAGGCUCUUCCACCAAGCCUUCAUCAGCUUCCGCAAAUACUGCGCCAAAUCGUCUUCCCUGCCGCCGGAACUGCACAUUUUAUUUAGCGAUUUAAUUUCUGGUGCGGGACACAUCGAUGAUCUAUUUCCCUAUUUUCUCAAGCAUGCCAAACAGUGUUUUCCCCAUUUGGAAUGCAUGGAAGAUUUGCGAAAAAUCAGUGAUUUGCGCUCACCGGCUAACUGGUAUCCGGAAGCCCGCCUGCUGAGGAGGAAAGUGAUAUUUCACGCUGGACCGACUAAUAGUGGAAAGACGUAUGAAGCCAUGGAGCAUUUUCUCAGAGCAAAAUCCGGCAUUUACUGUGGGCCUCUGAAACUGCUAGCUAGCGAAGUUUUCCAUAAAACAAAUGGCAGAGGAGUAAAAUGCGACUUGAUCACCGGUGAAGAACGGCGUUAUGCUGAUCCCGAAGGGAAUCCGUCCGCACAUGUGGCCUGUACAGUGGAGAUGGCCAGCUCCACAAACCGAUAUGAAGUGGGAAUCGUGGAUGAAAUCCAAAUGAUUCGGGAUAAUGUUAGGGGUUGGGCCUGGAGCAGAUCUGUCCUAGGAUUAUGCGUAGACGAAUUGCAUAUUUGUGGAGAAGGCUCAGCUAUCGAACUAAUUCGCGAGAUGCUGCUAGAUACGGGCGAAGAUCUGGAAGUGAAAACAUAUAAACGCCUAACACCGUUAACAGUCCUUGAUAAACCUUUACAGUCUAUGGAUAACAUUCAAAACGGGGACUGUGUUGUAGCCUUCAGUAAAAACGAUAUCUAUUCAAUCAGCAGGCAGAUUGAGCAGCGAGGGAUGAGCUGUGCCGUUAUAUACGGCGGGUUACCUCCUGGGACGAAAUUGGCACAGGCGAAGAAUUUCAACGAUCCCGAACAUGAAACUAAUGUCCUCGUCGCCACAGAUGCGAUCGGCAUGGGUCUUAAUCUGAACAUCAAACGGGUGAUAUUUUAUUCCUUGCUCAAACCGAACGUCAACGAAAAAGGCGAAAAAGAUAUCGAGUUGUUGACAACGUCGCAGGCCCUGCAAAUUGCCGGCCGAGCCGGUCGUUUCGGUACGCAGUAUGAGAACGGCGAAGUUACCACAUUUCGGGGCGAAGAUUUGCCAACAUUGAAAGACAUUCUAGCACGCUCGGUAGAUUCUAUCGAGGCAGCUGGUCUUCAUCCAACCGCUGAUCAAAUCGAACUGUUUGCGUACCAUCUUCCGAAUGCCACCUUGUCGAAUCUGAUUGAUAUUUUUGUCAGCAUUUGUCAAGUGGACCAUUCGUUGUACUUUAUGUGCAAUAUCGAAGACUUCAAGUUCUUGGCCGACACUAUUCAACACGUCCCCUUGCCGCUGAAGACUCGCUAUGCGUUCUGCUGCGCUCCCAUCAGUCGCAAACAACCUUUUGUGUGCAGCGUAUUCCUCAAAUUUGCCCGCCAAUUCAGUCGUGGAGACGCGCUAACGUUUGAAUGGGUGACUGCACAGUUGGGCUGGCCAUUCGAAGUACCGCAAACCAUCGCCGAGCUGCAGCAUCUGGAGAACGUGUUCGAUGUGUUUGAUUUGUAUUUAUGGCUGUCCUACCGCUUCACUGAUAUGUUCCCCGAUGCGGUACCUAUGCGAGCGGCACAGAAGGAUCUGGAUAAAAUUAUCCAUGAGGGAGUGUCGCAGAUAACCAAAUUGAUCCUUCAGCAACAGAGUUCCGAAAAUUUGGAGGAUAUUGCCAAGAGCAGCGGUGGAAGGGAUUCAUAUGUUGUGAAGAAGCUACGCUCGGCGGUUAACCAAAUGCCCAGAGCCGGCAAAGCGGAACGGUCCGAGCCUCCGGUAGUUGUAUCCACGCUGCGACGGCCGCGCGGAUCAAGUACUAAAAGAUGACAGAUGUGAUGCUAAUGCUGCUGUGUAAUGCUGCGGCUGUAGCUACUAGCUACUGUGUUCUUCCUGAAAUCCGUGCUUAUUAGUUUGAUUGUCGUAGGAACACAACUGUUGUGCCUACUGCUCAUGACUGAAAUCAUUGAAAAAUGAUAAAGGGGUAGUUCGUGA